UGACGGAAAAUACACACAUUCGUACAUGCAUACCGUGUAUACAAGCAAACACGAAAAAGAUAAAAACAAAAGUGCUAGAAUGUAUUUAUAAGACAACAGAAAACAACAAAAACUAUAUAAUCACAAUAACGAUGCCUGCCUAUGGGCGCUUCUUUGGCUCUAAUUAUUUACUUGGCAUCGCAGUUUGCGAUAUCUUUAUAAGAAGCAAUGUAUAAACUGACUCGGGUCAUUUGCGACACAGACAAACUAGGACACGGAUACGCAAUAUCAAAGACAACGAACACUUAAAGCUUUAACUUGGUCGAUAUUUGAUUGAAACAAAAGAAAAUAAAACAACAACAACGACCAUAACAAAAAUACAAAUUGUGUGAACCCAUCUAAAACGAAAUGGGCAGUGUCUGGAAACGUUUGCAGCGGGUGAAUAAACGCGCCGCAAAAUUCCAAUUCACUGCCUCGUAUCAUGACCUGCGUUUGGAAACCACAGCCAAAUGGCGUCCUUCGAACCUUGCAGUGGUUUGGAUGAGACGUUCAAGGCGUGUGGCUAGCGCUCCAUUACCAUGGGAACCAGAUAUGAUGAACCCACUCAUUGGCAAUAUAUCUUGGCCAGUACCAGACAAUCAUGCCAUUUCGGUAACAUUGUUCAAAGAUCCCCGAACACACGAAUUAGAGGAUAAAGACUGGACAUUUGUCAUCGAGGAUAUAACACCAUUGGGAAAGAAGCGGGUGCUGGCCAAUGCAAGCAUUAAUAUGCGUAAAUAUGCGAGCAUUGAGUCAACUCAGCAGAGUUUUACAUUGAAUUUGAAACCAGUUUCAAGAAAAAUAACUUCUGCUAAUUUGGAAUUAACAAUUAGCUGCGUAUUCCUUCGUGAGGGCAAGGCCACAGAUGAAGACAUGCAGAGCGUUAUCUCAAUGAUGUCGGUUAAUAAUAAUUGUGAUGUGGCACCUCUAGAUGAUUUGGAAGAUAUACCAGAUUUAGAAAAUUCAGGCGAUAUAUCUGAUCAUUUGUAUGAUUUCACCCAACAGCUGGAACAAUUGACAACGAGUUUAAAUGGUUGCAUUGAUGCAGCAUCCACUCCGCUUAGUGUACCCUCAUUAUCUGAAGAUCCAACUCCACUGGCUGAAUCUUUUAAUCAUUUGCAUUUCGAAUUAGAAGCAGACUCGGCGGAUCGCGCCAAAGCUGAUCAGACAGUGAACGAAAAAUCUGGCGGCUUAACCGUUGAUAGUGAGGAAUCAUUGAAGACUCCAAACGGAGCACAAAUACAGCCGUUGGCUGUAAGUACAACACCUACCAAUGAUGCUCCACCAUCUGCAGUCGCUGCACCUGAUCGAUCUUUAGGAUUCAGUAAAAUGCUUACGUCGACUCCAAUUGAUCGACCAGCCGCAAAAACAGAAACUGUCAAAUCAGCGAGGGACGGUGCAAAGGCGAAAGCUCUUUCCUUUGAUAAGGAUGAUAAAUCAAAGCCAUCGAAAGCAGUCGCCUCUGUCGAAUGCCGUAUCGAGGUUGAGUCUUCUUCUAAUGUGAAAACGGAAACCACAACGAGACCUGUCGAGACACAAGAUAAAAAACCGAAUCUGGAGACAUCAGCACCAGCAGUGACCAAUACCAAACGCGCCGAUCUGCAGCCAUUAAAUUUAAAGAAAAGUUAUGAAGUCGAUCCUGCCAAUACGACUCAGUCCCAGACUGUCAAAAUUGAUGAGUCAAAACCUAAGAGUACUUUAAAACCUGUCGAGAAAAUAAUUCUAAAAGAAAAUACUCCUGGCCAAGAUUUAUUGGAGUGGUGCAAAGAUAUUACUAAAGACUAUCCAAAUGUUAAGGUGACAAACUUGACGACCAGCUGGCGUAACGGAAUGGCUUUCUGUGCUAUAAUUCACCAUUUUGUGCCCCAUUUAAUUGACAUGUCUAAGCUUAGCGCCCACGAUGUUGUCGGAAAUUGCCGUACAGCCUUCGAUGCAGCCGAAUCACUGGGCAUACCACGUGUUAUCGAGCCACGCGACAUGAAUUUAUUAACGGUGCCGGAUAAAUUGGCUGUCAUGACGUAUCUACAUCAAUUGAGAGCACAUUUCACAGGCAAACAACUGGAAAUCCAACAAAUUGGCACAACUGCGGAUGAAUCGAGCUAUGUUAUCGGCAACUACAAAUCGGACAAUUUAUCACAGAAUCUGCUAAAUUUCUCACACUUAAAGACACAACUGUUGCACCAGAACUCAUUUGAAGACGAAACCGGUGGAGGUGUGGACAAAAUGCAGUCACAGCUUUCGCCAUCAAAUAAGAAGGAUGUGAAAAACAUAAUAUUGUAUAGCUCAAAGAGUAUUUUGGGUAAGGUACUCUCUCCGGCAAAGGACAAGAAUUCGAUCAAUGCAUUGCAGCAUGGAAACCAAACAUCGUUAACGCCUCUUGAUGGCAAUGGCGAUCUGAACACUAAUGCCACAGAGGACAAUACUUUAUCCUUAACGCCAAGUGUGUUGGAUGCAAAUGCAACAAAUCGAAUUUUAACACGCCACAAAGAAAUGAGCGAAAAAGCUAAGCUGAUGAUGGAAAAAUUAAAAAUUUCCAAUGGUAGCGAACGUUGCGAUGCUAAUGACGAGGAACGUCAGCAACGAUUACGGGAACAAGCACGACGCCUUAUAUUAGAGACGCGCAGUAAGACCGGCGUCUCUGGAUCCCUCUCCGUUGAUAGUCCUAGUCCAACAAGUCCCACCAAGCCGAAACGCUUUAAUUUUACACAAGAGCGCACCAUCUCGCCUAUACACAAUGGAGGUGAUGAUUACCACCACAAUGAAAAUUCCAAGCUCAAACAUGGCAGCGGGAAUAAGAUUAUCAGUUCUAGUCAUAGAUUAAGCGAUCACAAUCCCGGCAGCGGCAGUCCCUUACAGUCGUUCAACUCGGUUGUCGACCGCAUUUCACCAAAGCAUGAAAAAAAAAGUGAUAAACUAUCCUAUAUUGAGUCCGAACUUGAGGCAUUGGAACGGGAACAAGAGGCGAUUGAUCAAAAAGCCAGCAAUCUGGAGGCCAAACUACGUGCAGUUAUGGGAGGCAAUCCAAGUAAUAAUAGUCGAACGAAUAGAAAUCCGUUUCUUAGAUUAAUACGUAAUAGCAUUGGUGGUGGUGAUGUUAUCCGCAUUAAGUUGCUAGACUCGGACGAUGAGAGCUUGUUUGGUAGUGGUGUCGACCAUGAUCCAGUUGUAUCCAGUGAUACCGAUCCUGCAUACAGUUCGGGAGAUGAUGCUCAUCUGCAAGUUCAUCCCCGACCACGCUCACACUCCUGUUUCGUCAAUGUUAACCCAAACACAAAUCUUGCGCAUCCACAUAGUCCCACAAACCAUACAAAUCAGCGUCAUUUUAAUAAUCAUGACCAUCAUUAUCCGAGGUCAAGGUCCCGGCCACGUCAGCACCAUGUGCAUGAUGUGCCCUACAGCCAUUUGUUAAGCAGCCCAGCCUCGGCUGCCUCAUCCAAACAGUCCUCAUGUGAUAAUUUGCAAGAUUACAGCGAUGGUGACGAUGAUGAUGAUGUUGCUUCGGCAGCCAUCCGGCGCCGACAGGAACGUCAUAAGCGGCGCCAUCAACGCCGCCGCCUCCGUUCCCAUUCCCAUUGUGAAACCGAGGAAACAGAGGAACAACUUCUGUCGCAAUGGUUUACGCUAGUAAACAAAAAGAACGCUCUACUGCGACGACAGAUGCAGUUGAACAUUCUUGAACAAGAAAAGGAUCUUGAGCGCAAGUUCACAAUGUUAAAUCAAGAACUGCGGGCGGCACAAUCUGUCGAAGAUUGGCGUAAAACCGAAGUGCAGCGGGAAAAGGAGAGAUUGCUGCUGGAGGAGCUUUUGACAAUUGUAGACAAGCGGGAUCAGUUAGUACAACAUUUGCAUAACCAGGAGAUAGCCAUUGAAGACGAUCAUGAAAUAGCUCGGGAAUUGGAGCAAGUGGAUAUCAGUGGCGGAAAAGAUAAAUGUGUUGUUCAAUAAAUUGCCCAAUCAAUACUAACCACACCCCUUCUUAACUUGACUGCGAGAUUAUACUUACUACGUAUAUAUAUAAAUAUAUAUGAGAAUAUUUAUCCAUGUAACUAGUUGUUCAGUGGCACGAUCUGAGGCAAUCGUGUUUGGAUUUUAAAACAAUGAAAAAAAACGUCCGUUAGUUAAUUAAGCAAACCGCAAAAAAAAAACCAACCAACUACAAAAACUAAUCUAAAUUUUUGCAAAAGGAUCAAAUCAACUGUAUAAAAAACAAAAAAAUCAACUCAUUUAUUAUUUCGAAUUCCUUUUUGUUAGUGCCAUUUGCUUUUCCACAUGACAUGAGAUAUAUGAGAGAGUGACAAAGAUCGCUCAAGGCCUAGACAAAGCAAAUUAAGACCCAUUUUGUGUGAUUCAAUGUAUGAUUGUAUUAUAUUAUAGUUUAAUUUAUUUAUGAUUUA